AUUAACACAGUAAUACGCUCAACCUAAUUACCACUAUAUUAUUAUAAACUUAUUAAGUUAAUAUUAACAAUGAAUCCUUCUACACUAACUGUACUAGUUGCAUUAUCAUUAUUUAUGAAUACCGAUUCAAACCCCAUGACUUCUGACGCCCAGCAAUGUGUGAAUAAAAUUGGAUACAGCACAUUUAACAAAUGCAGUGAUGAGGCUGAAAAACACUGGCCGGGUGACCAUGAUUACGAUGAAUGUUGUUCGGAGUUUGAGACAAUCAAAUGCUCUAUGGAGAUAUCCAAGGUAGACGAAUGCAGUGAUAAUGGGGGAAAGGAGCUGGAUCAAUGGUAUUUGUCUGAAAUGACAUCACUAGAAAACAAAAGGUGCAAAAAUUAUAAACACGACUUGAAAGAAUGCAAAUUGGUUAUUUAAAAUAUGUCAGCCAAAAUUAAAUUUAAAUAUAAAUAUUAAUUUGAAUGGAA